AUGGCAGACACGCCCUCCCAGUGCACUGGGCUCUGCGCUUUGGUGCCCUUUGCCCGGCCGCUCGCCAUUGUUUUCUUCGCUACCGCCGCGGCCUGGAUCUUUCUCAUCGACGUCCUCCUUUCUCGUUGCAGACCGCCCUCUUUGGCCCACUCCCUUCGCCGCCAUGUCACCCCAGCCAUCAAUCGAUACAUCUCUUGGACCUGGCCAUUGUGCGCCUGUUUGUUCAUUGACCCCGUCUACCAAUCUGCCCUGUUCGCCCUGGCCCUUGGCUACUUCUUCUGGACUCACUGGAGUGCAUAUCGAUGGAUGAGAUGGUUUGGCCUUGUCGCUGGAGCCGGCCUGAGUGCGACCUGCAUCCUCGCUCUCGCUAUUCUCUGCAUCGUCUUGGAUCCCACCAUUCUCGCCCGUCAUGAUGCUAUGAGCCCUGGAGUGUACCUGGGCCAGUCAUAUCACGAUCAUCAUCUCCUCGGCCGCCACUCUCCUGUUGCUGCCUUCCACGCGGGAGCUCGCUUCGUCGAAUCGUUCAGACCACUGGAUUCCCACAUCCCCUUGAUGGCGGCGGCAUAUUGCGAGCUCGACAACAUGCUCAUCACAGUGUGUCCAAAUGGUGUUGACGAGUUCGUGCGUCAACAUCCCGACACUCAAGCUUUUACCACCACCUUGCCGCGCACAUCUCGACUCUGUGACCGGAAAUCGUCAUCAUCUCUGUCUCCAUCCUCAUGGAUCUCCACCCGCAAACCCUCUUCACGAGAAAGCGAGUGUCUGUCUGAUGACGCCUAUGUCACAGAUGUGCUGAUCCUCCGCGACCGCCUUGCUCGCCAGAUACGCUGCUACAAGAGCGAGUUCGCUCCCAUGUUGGAUGAAGUGAUUCGAAAACUGCAGGACCUCAACAACCACUUGCAAUCUCAUUGCAUUUCUUCUCCAUCUGACCUCCAGCCGCACCCCUGGUAUCUCGAGUAUCUCGACAAUCCUCUCGGCUCCACAUGUCCCAGUCCCCGGACUGCUCAUCACUUCGUCCAUCCCACCGUGGCAACCUGGUACUGCGUAUACCUCCGUCCUCACGUUCUCUGGAUCCGCCCAAGUGUUCAACAGCUCUUCCCGGUCAUCUUGCGUCGUCCUGCCCAGCUCCGCCAGCACACAGCCGUCCUGCUACUCACCCUUCAGCAUGUCUUUCCUCUGCUGCCGUCUGCGACUCUACGUGCCUUUGACUGGGGUCAAGAAUGGGAGCACAGACUUGGCUCUCUCCGCGAUCUUCCAGAUCCUGCCAAAGUCGGCCGGACGCUUGAUGGAGACGAUCUCGACGUGAUACAACAACUUCAUCUCCAGGUCACACAGCAUGAGCUCGACAAGCUGCACCUUGACGUUCAUACCGCAGCUCAACUCAACUACUGGAAAGACCAUGUGAUUGACAUCGCCAACAAGAUCAGCGCUGGCGGCCGACAAGAUCGAGUGUGGGAUGAGCUGAAAGAGGAUCUCCGUAGUGAGAUCUCCAAGACCCUUUCGAAGGCGUUUGGCGUUGUCAGUGAUUCGACAUCCCACAACCACCACCAACACCAACGCUACGGCUUUGACAGCUUCAACAGCUUCGCGAUGGAAGAGGAAGAUGUCUGUUCCGCCUCAUGGCAAGGUUGGGGGAACUUGACGUUGUGCGAGUUGGAGGGCUGGUCCAGGAGAGGCCGACCGAUCGUCCCCGGCGUGGGAAGCGUGGUCAUCCGGCCGGAGGAGUCCCAGCAGGGGAAAUGGGAGGGCACAGUGCGAGUGGCAGAUCUGAGCCCGAUGCAGGAUUGUUGGCAGCGGGUCGUGGAGUGGAAGAGCUUGAAAAUGUCGCUUCCGCAGUGGUGA